AUGAAAUUCGGAAAGUACCUUGCAGCCAGACAAUUGGAGUUUCCCGAAUAUUCGGGGAACUUUAUCAAUUACAAGGCCCUAAAGAAGUUAAUAAAGGCCUUGACUAAGGAUGCAUCUACUCCCCUACAAGACAGGAAAGGAUCUUUUUUUUUUAGGCUAGAAAGGGAAUUAGAGAAAGUCAAUGAUUUCUACCUAAAGAAAGAGGCAGAACUUAAAUUUCGUUUGGAUAUUCUUAUUCAGAAAAAGGAGCAGUACCGUCAUGGCAACAUUAACAAGAAUAGUGUCAAUUUUGUGAGCUUGUAUGAUGGGUUUAAAAAAUUUACAAAAGAUCUAGAUAGACUCGAGCAAUUUGUUGAACUAAAUGAGACAGGCUUUACUAAGGUGCUCAAGAAAUGGGAUAAGAGAAGCAAAUCUACCACAAAGGAAUUAUACUUGACAACGGCAGUGAAUGUUCAACCAGUCUUUCAUCGGAGUGAAAUUAUCGAACUAAGUGAUCUGGCAGCAAACAACUUGAUGGAACUGGAGAAUUUCGUAGAUGGAGGUACAAGCUUCUCUUAUAGUGAGUCACAGAUCAAAAAACAAAUACCAACGGAAUCGAUAAAUAGACGGAAGCGAGACCUGGCGUCUUCAACAUCAUUACUGACUGACAACAUGAAGGCACAAGAAUACUCUGAGCUAGAAGCUUUUUCGGCUUCAGGAGCAUGUGACGAAUUAUAUCGUGAUUUCUAUGAGAUCACUCUCCAGAACGCAAAUUUAUCCCAAGAUGAUCAAAUUGCUAAACUCAAGGACUGGUCCAAUCAGAUAAUAACGAAACUCCCUGAUGCUACAAAGAAAUACACAUUAUCCAAAGUGCUUUUGCUUCUAAUUCCAAAUAUUCAUAUUUCAGAUGAAUCCUUGAUGAGAUUUUAUCAAUUCUUUAAGGAAUUCAUAGACUUGAAAUUCACAGAUGAUCUUAACGGUCGCACUUGCUUGAUUGAAGCUUCAACAUGUAAGAGGGGUAGGAACGAUAUUGUCAAAUUAAUGCUUACCCCUGAUCUUGACCCAACUGCAAAGGAUGUUUCUGGAAGAACAUGCCUUCAUUAUGUUACUGAGAAUGGACGUGAUGAUUUACUUCAUCUACUUUUAUCUUUUUCGGCUACGCAUUCUAUUAUUGAUGCUAUGGACAAUGAUUCGAUUUCUCCACUUCUUCUGGCGAUUUUGAAUGAUCAUGUCGACUGUGUGCAGACACUUUUGGAAUUUGGUGCCAACGGCUUUCCACCGCAAAAUGAGCUUAAGCCUAAGUAUUUGCCAUUAAACGUUGCCUGUAAAAUUGGAAAUCACGAGGUAGUGAAGAUGAUCCUCGAGAGGUUUGGUAGUCCUGAGCUGGCAAUAGGCAAGCAUUUAUUGACAAGCAGCUCUCAAUGUAAUGCAGAGGGACUUUUACCCUUUCAUAUAGUCGCCUCCUGUGGUCAUACAUCCUUACUUCCACUUCUUAUAGAAUAUGGAGCUGAUAUUAAUCAGCUUGAUAAAUUGAAUAAAUGGUCUCCUCUAUUUUAUGCGGUGAUGGAGGGGCAUGUUUCAAUGACUAGAGAACUUAUUAGUAAUGGGGCUGAUUAUAAUGUGGAGGAUGAUGAAGGAUGCGAUCCACUAUAUUAUGCUAUUUGGGAUGGUAAUAUUUCAGUUCUUAAUGUUCUAUUGGAGGAUAAUAAUGAUAAUGCGGGAUGCGCUACGGGCAAAUUUAUAUUGUCAAACACUCAACUUGAAAAGAAAACAAAAUCCGUCGAGCAAGUAUCGCAACAUGAGAUUCAUGCAGCACCAUCAGCUGCACUUAAGCCAUCCUUACAACCAAAUAUGCUUCCACAAUUGGGAAUGUCAAUUGAUGUAAUUCCAGAUCUUUCUCUUCCACCUCCAAUUAUUCCGCUAAGGAAGUAUGGUCACAACUUUCUUGAGAAAAAGAUUUUCCUCAAAAUAUCGUUUUAUACUUCCCGUAAUUCGAUUGAAUUAAAUUCGGAUAGCUUCCUUACAUCCGUUCCAGGAAGGAUUACGAUAUCAUGUGAUAAGAAUGAUUUGAUACCCAGAAACUUAUUACUUCCUGUUCUCAGCAGUGAAAAGACUAUUGCCUUUCAGACAGAUGCAUUAGAUGACUCAUUUAAUAUUGACUUUGAACUUUUUCCUACGUUUGGAACACGUCUAUUAGCCAAGGCAACAUUACCAUCUUCUUUACUUGUUGCUUCCCAUCCUGGGUCAGGAUCAAAGCUUGGCGGUGAUCUUCAGAUACCGCUUUUGGAUGUCAAACUUCGCAACACCGGCUUUUUGAGGUUUAAUUAUGAGAUAGUUUACCCGUAUAGUGGCACACCGCUUGAAAUAUCUUUAUAUGAUACUUAUUGGAAAUCUUCAUCGGUCGCGGAGAAAAAAACAUUAAAGAAUGAUAUCCAGGAUAACACAUCCCAAUUGAAGAAAAGCAAGCAUCAAAACACCAACGUUUCAUUCGUCACAGCCUCAUCACUUACUGGAAUUUAUCAUACAGUUCAUGUUUACGUUCUCAAUGACGGGACACCUAUUGUUUGUCCGGAUUACCUUGUUAAAAUUAGUGAUAAUGUUUCCUUACCAGUGUGCUGUUUUAAUUUUGGACAGCUCAGUGAUUUACUAUAUAAGGAUACAGGUGGAUAUGAGAGUAUCUGCGAUCGGUUGAAACACAUGAAUUCACACAAUGGUGCGGAAUUACAUCAAGUUUUGAAAAAGUUGUACAUGCCCCUUAGUAUGUUUUUAGAUGCCAUUGAUCCGGAAUUUGCGUUGAACCUCGAAAUAUUCUAUCCAUCCGUUUACGAGAUGGAAUUUUAUGACAUUAAACUUUUCACAUCUGUGUCCUCCAAGGAGCUCAUUCACAAAUGCAAUAUAGAAGAGCAUUUGAAUACUAGCACAGACAACUGUCUCAACAACUUUAUUGAUUUAAUUCUAACGGACAUUUUCAAUCAUGUUAGGACACUACGGCAUAACGGCAACACCUCUCGUUCCAGAUCGCUUAUUCUUUCCUCGGAUAACAGCACUGUAUGCACUAUACUGAACUGGAAGCAGCCAAACUAUCCUGUAUUCUACAAUCUUAGUGGUAUCAAACUAAACAAAAAGGAUGGGAGGUUUUACGAAUGUACUGCUAACGGAUUUUCGAAGAAGGAUCGUAUAGUGGUGACAAGCAGUAAAAAAAUAGAGGAGGAGACAAGGACAAGAAAAAUUAAUGAGAGAUCCAACCUUCUUAUCGAUAAUAUUGACUCUAUUAACAAGGAUUCAUCUGAGUAUGUAAGCAGUCUUCACUACCAAGACAAACUUUCGAGAUCUACAAAGCUUGCUACUGAUUUUGCCUGCACGAACAAUCUACUUGGUGUUACUGUUCCGAGAGAGUUACUGCAGAUUUGUCCUAAGGUGGCCCAAUCUAUCAGAUCUAAAGGUCUUAUUUUAGUAGCAUCAAGAGAUCAAUAUGAUAUAGGAGAGACAUUAGAGAGCAGCGACUUGCUUAAUGAUGAUUCUGUUGUGAAUGGUGUGCGCUAUAACAACAUAAUUAGCUUUAAAGAUACCAUAGAUAUGUGA